UUUUUCUGAACUUUACUCACUCUCCACCGUGGACUGGAGUGGUGGUGGUCCGGACUCAAAGCACACUCCAAGACCUCCUUCUAGAAGACAAGCAAUGGCUUGUUGGCUCAUCUGCGUCGCUUUAUUUGCCGGAUUUGCAUCGUCGGCGCACAGCGUAACGACAGAGGACUUUUUCCCUUUUGGUGUAAGCGCAGGAGACCAACAACUGGAAGCGGGCAAUGACCAGACGCACAGACUUGAACUGGACAAGCCAGUUUUGUUUUAUGACGGCACUUUUGACAGCAUUUUUAUCAACACCAAUGGUUUCGUUGCCACAGCGGAACCCAAAAGCGAGGAGACCUAUCUUGGCAAAAUGCCCGCAAAGUUUGGGAUGAUUGCAGCUCUACAUGGAGAUCUGGACACAAGUGACGGCGUUGGCAAGGUUUUCUUUCGACAAGACAGCAGCCCGGAUGUGCUUCUUCGGGCUGCGGAGCACAUCAACAGGGCCUUCCCAGACGACAAGGAAGUCAGUCCCACCCAUGUUGUAGUUAUCACCUGGCUAGACAUCGCCCGCAGUGAACAUCAAAGCAGAGGAGAUAAUGUCGACCAGAAGAGAAACACAUUCCAACUGGUAGUUGCAUCCUUGGAGACAGCUUCAAACGCUAUCCUCCUGUAUGCCAGAGAUGGGGUACAGUACACCACCAGUCCUGUAAAAGACACCAGUUUCAUCCUGCAUGCUGGCUUCAAUAAAGGCUUGGUCCAGGGUUUCCUGUUUUCCAGUCAGGGUCCAUACUACCGCACAAGCACUGAUGAUGACGCCUCCAUCAGCGCUUUAGCUGAGCAGACAAACUCAGGCCUCAGGGGCGUUUGGGUGUAUGAGAUUGGCACUUCUCCAUAUUUUACCAACGUGGCUCCAGGUGAGGUGAGCGACUUUCCUGCUGAGGCUACCCCUCAAGUUUUCACCAAAGCCCCCGAAGCAGCCCCCGACGACAGGCGGGUGUUUACCAAUGGACAGCAGGAGGAGUAUCCUCCUUUUGAUCCUGAAGAGGAGGAGAUUGAUGUCCAACCCGUUCAGUACCAGCCACACCAGCCUGAUAACCCUGAAGUGGUGGUGGUGGAUGACACUGACAUAAAUGUAGACGUGUUUGCAUACAAUCUUGGGACGUGCGCAAACAACAGAAAUAAGUGUUCUCCGUUUGCUGACUGCAAGGACCACUCCAGUGGGUACUGCUGCCACUGCAGGCCUGGUUUCUACGGCAACGGGAUACAGUGUGUAUCAGAAGGAAAGCCUCAGAGGAUGAACGGUAAAGUCCACGGACAGGUCUAUGUGGGCAACUCUCCCACUCCAGAGAGAUUUAACAGCAACGAUCUGCACUCGUACGUGGUGGUAAAUGAUGGACGCUCCUAUGUGGCCAUUAGUGACAUCCCCCAAAGUCUUGGCCCUUCACUGCUGCCACUGUCAGCCAUGGGUGGUGUGAUUGGAUGGGCCUUUGCUCUGGAGCAGCCCGGCUUCAAGAAUGGCUUCAGCAUUAUUGGGGGAGUGUUUACGCUGCAGGCUGAGGUCACCUUUCAGCCUGGUAAUGAAAAGCUGACUAUCAGGCAGGAGUUUAAAGGUAUCGAUGAACACGACCACCUGGCGGUGAGCACUACCCUGGAGGGCAGAGUCCCUGAGGUGCCCCCUGACUCCACCGUGCAGGUUGAACCGUACUCUCAGAUCUACCAGUACAGCAACAACUUGAUCACCUCAUCCUCAACUCGGAAUUAUGCGGUGAACUUCCCUGAUGGCUCCACGGAGACGAGGACGUUUCAGUGGCGUCAGACCAUCUCCUUCCAAGGUUGCCAGCAUGACGAGUCUCUAAGAGACAUGCGACCCACGCAGAUGCUGAGCGUGGACCAAGUCUUUGUCAUGUACGACCCCAAUAAUCAACUCAUCCGCUUCGCCAUGAGCAACAAAAUAGGAGACAUCAAUGGAGGACAGCCUGAGGAGAACCCGUGCUUCACAGGAAGACACGGCUGUGACACUAACGCUGUUUGCCGACCCGGAGAUGGGACACAGUUCACCUGCCAGUGUGCUGCUGGCUUUAAUGGUGACGGACGCACAUGUUACGACAUUGAUGAGUGCAGAGAGGACCCUCAGACCUGCGGCUCUCAUGCAAUCUGCAACAACCAGCCCGGCACCUUCCGCUGCGAAUGCGAAGACGGAUACCUGUUUGGCAGUGAUGGGCAGACGUGUGUUGAUGAUAGCCGACCUGUGGACGCUUGUGAAGAGGGCACCCAUACUUGUGACAUUCCUGAGCGCGCCCAGUGCAGCUACACAGGAGGAUCCUCCUACAUCUGCUCUUGCCUUCCAGGAUUCAUAGGAGAUGGACGAGUCUGCCAAGACGUGGACGAGUGCCAGCCCGGCAGGUGCCACCAGGACGCCAUAUGCUACAACACCCAGGGUUCUUUCACCUGCCGGUGUAGGCCAGGUUACUAUGGCGAUGGCUUCUACUGCUCUCCAGAGAGGACAAAAACACAAUGUGAGAGCCACAGAGACAGUCUUCUGGGUGUGACUGAGUUUGGCCCAAGGGGUCCACGGCCACCUGUUGGCCAGUACAUCCCCACGUGUGAUGAACAUGGCAACUAUGAAUCCAUGCAGUGCCACGGCAGCACAGGACACUGCUGGUGUGUGGACCGAAACGGACAGGAGAUCCCCGGGACUCGCUCAGGAGCCGGCAGUAGACCCAUGUGCAUUGACCACGGUGGAGUGAGACCACCUGUUGGACCUACUCCUCGCCCUGAUGUCCACCCUGUGCCCCCUGGAACACACCUGUUGUACGCGCAGAGUGGCAGAAUAGAGCAUGUCCCCCUGGAAGGGUAUGAUAUGAAGAAAGACGACGCCAAGACUGUCCUUCACCUUCCUGAGAAAGUGGUGAUUGGAGUGGCCUACGACUGCGUGGACCAGAUGAUCUACUGGACCGAGAUCACAUCUCCAUCAAUCAGCAAGGCCAGCAUGCAGGGAGGAGAGCCUGUGGUGGUCAUUAGAUCAGAUUUGCACAGCCCGGAGGGGAUUGCUAUUGACCAUCUGGGACGAACAAUGUUCUGGACGGAUUCUGUGAUGGAUCACAUUGAGGUGGCCUCGCUUGAUGGGUCUCAGCGACGUGUCAUCAUAAACUCAGAUCUUGUCAACCCUCGUGCUAUUAUCACUGACCCCCCAAAUGGUAAUCUGUACUGGACCGACUGGAACAGAGACGCUCCCAAGAUUGAGACCUCUUACAUGGACGGAUCAAACAGGCGGGUGCUGGUUAAGGACGAUCUUGGCCUGCCCAACGGCCUGACCUAUGACUCUCAGAGCACUCUGCUUUGUUGGGCAGACGCUGGCACACAUAAAAUGGAGUGUACCCAUCCUGGCCGAGGGGAUCGCAGACAGAUCAUGGAGGGCAUUCGGUACCCGUUUGGCGUGGCGUCUUUUGGGAAGCACAUCUACUACACUGACUGGCGAAGGGACGCCGUGGUUGCAGUGGACCGCUACACCGGCAAGGAGUCUGAUGAGUUCCAGCCUCAAAAACGUACUAAGUUAUACGGGAUCGCCAUAACUUAUGCCCAGUGUCCUUCAGGACAAAACUACUGUGCGGUGAACAACGGCGGCUGUACUCACCUCUGCUUAGCAACACCGAACGGUCGCUCCUGCAAAUGCCCCGGCAAUGCAUUUGAAGUAGGCUGUGUAGAGACAGACAGCGGGUACUGAAGCAAGGCAGCAAAUUAAGAGCCACUCAGCAGUUACUUAGCUGUCACUUCUGAAAGAAGAAAAAAAUGCCACUGAAGUCCUGAAUUUAAUGUUUCAUCGUCAUUUGCAUUUUUUACAUGAUAAACCUCCCCCAACAGAAUUGUAAAUACAAACACUAUGAUGUUGACAUGUUUCCCGAGUGCACAUAAACUAAGACUAAAACUCAAGGGAUUAGUAAUUUAAUGUGAAUUUAUAGCAACACAUGACUCCUGCUGGCUGUGGCUUGUUUGGGUUAUUGUCAGGCUUGUGGGAUGAGUUUACAUGCUGGGCAGCGAAUCAAUAAACACGUUUUUCUAACAGG